GGGCAAAUGGGGAAAGGGACUAAUUCUAUUUCCUCCUCUUCAUUAUCUUUCCCCCACACCUCUUAUCUUGGUCUCUCUGAAUCUCUUUUACCAACUGGCACUUUUAGAAUCUUGUUGUUUGAAGCUUCUUCACAUCAUGUUGCCAUAGUGUCCUUGCUGAAAGUCAACAUACAGCAGCAAUCUUUGGUAUAACUGGUAUACAUUUACCUAAAAUGGACAAUAAUGUACCAGUAAGCUAUGGUGGAGACAUACUAUACAACAAAUACCAACAUCCUGGUGGAGAUUCUCAAAAAGUCGCAAACUCAGUGAAACCACUUGCAGGAGAAGCGAUGCCAUCUAUUAGUAAUCAUGAACGUACAGGUGAAAAGCGUCCCAGGGAACCCACAGAGCUUCCAACACAAUUAAGAAAAACAAGAUCUUCUCCAUCACGUGGUAGACAUGCAAGACAUACACGAUCAGCACAGAUAAGGCAGCGACAAAUGGCAAUCCUUGGUGAAGAAGCAGGUCCAUUUUCAGAUAAAACUGUCCGCAGAGCUUUCAUGAGAAAAAUAUAUCUCAUGUUGACAAUUCAGCUGGGCUUCACUGUUGGUAUAAUAUGCAUGUUCAUGUACUGGAAUUAUCUUACAAUAUGGGUACGAAGGCGCCCGUGGUUUUGUUAUUCACUCUUACCUGCAAUUUUAAUUCUAGCAAUUACUUUAGCCUGCUGUGAUCAUGCUCGCAGAAAGUUUCCAUUGAACAUCAUUUUAUUAUUAAUAUUUACAGUUCUUGAGGGUACAUUGCUAGGAUCAAUUGCAGCCUUCUUUGAUGCAGACGAAGUGAUGUGGGGUGUUGGUGCAACUACAUUUGCAGCACUGGGACUGUCUGUCUUUGCUCUUCAGACAAAAUGGGACCUUACCAUUACGUCUGGAAUUCUGCUAAUUUUGAUUUUUGUAUUGUUUGCUUUUGGAAUUCUCUGUGCCAUCCUGCAGUCAAUGUGGUUACGAAUAAUAUAUGCUGCUGUUGGAGCACUGUUUUUCAGCAUAUAUCUGUUGGUGGAUACACAACUAAUGCUGGGAAAGAAGCUUCAUUACCGCCUGAAUCCUGAUGAUUAUAUUUUUGCAGUACUGAAUGUCUACAUCGACAUUAUCAACAUGUGUUUGUUUAUCUUGCAAUUUGUUGGAUUUAUGAAGUGAAAAGCAUGCUGCAUGUAAACUGAAUAAAGAAGAAUAUGCAGAAAUUGCC